AUGCGGAAGCUCGGCGAAGCCACCGAAUUCGUCUACGGGUUGGGCAUAAGCUCCCUGCAACCAGCAAACAGAGAGGGCUACAAUGAAGACACGCCUUUGCGUUUUGUCAGUGUGCAGUUACAGCUCCCGGAUUCGAGCAAGACUUUAGAUGUUGACAUCCACGCCUUCCUCUUCGAGCACGAUGGAACGUACGUGGAUUGUGUCUUUUACAAAAACCCCACGUUGGCUGGUAAAAGCGUCCGGCUUCUGCAACAGGAGCAGGAACUACUUGUGGACCUACGCUACAUACCGCAGCGGUGUAGCUUCAUCGUGUGUACUCUGGCGAUAUAUACCGGCGGCACUGUUGCUCAACUAGCGGAUGGCACUGUCCAGCUGAGCGCCCUAGUCCCUCGUGCUGGGCUAGAGGAGGACACGGAAUUUCCUCACCUUCCCUGUGGCCAGAUUCCUCCGAGCUCGUCCGACUUCUAUGAGUGGGUUUGCCUAGGAGUGCUCCCGCUGAAACCAAGAAGCAGUGACGGAGAGGAAUGCGGCAUGAUGCUGUGCCUGCUCGCACAGCACGGCAGUUUCUGGUAUUUUAAACCGGUUUUGAAGCCCGUCACAGCAUUCACACCGCAAGGCCUUAUUGAACCAGCACAGGAUUUCGUCACAAAGCACCUUGCAGGACUGAACGGCAAAUCCCGUGGGCUAGAGCUUGGCUCUUUGGUCAGGGCUGCUCUUGAUGGCACACACGUAGAACUCGACCUGACGGAUACAGAGGAGAGCGCAACACCAGGAGCUAUGGCACCAAGUUAUAAGGAGGAUGUUGAAGCUGCCGACUUGGCGGGAAGCCAGCAAGAUAGCCAGAAAUCUGAAGCCCUCUGUGCUACUGAUGAAGAAGUGGCGGGAGAUGUAGGUGGUAAUGGCGAGCCAGCAUGGAGUGGCAGCGAGCAGCAGCAUGAUGGCUUUGUUCCUGAAGAACAAGCGACUUACCGCACAGGGCGAGGUGGAAUGCAUGCAGGUGUGGAUCCAGGGAAGGCCACUGGCGAACAGCAAACGCCAAUAUUGAAGGCUCCGAAGGGUUUUCCAUGCAGCAGUGCUUCAGCUGAGAGCAAAAGGAAGAUGGCCCCCCAGAAGCAAACAGGCGGCUACAUGCCUAAAGAUGGUGGCGGCACUGGCUUUGGAAAUGUGGGACACCGUGAGCACUCCCUGCACCAUGGUGUAGGCCAUGGAAAAAGAGACACAAGUAUGCAAAAGAACGUUCCGGACAUUUUAAUGAACAGGGAGAAUCUUAGUGAUACGGAAGGGAGCUACCGAAAAACAGCGCGGUCCAUUGAUAACUUGGUUCGUAGAGGUGCUACAGGGAGGGUCAGCCGCCCUAACAGGAAGUCAAAGGCCAGUGGUCGGUGGCCUCGUAGCAACGAAGCUGUUAAUGGAGAGCCUUUGUUUACAUCGUUCCCUCUCCCAAAUGGGUACAGAUAUGAGCAAUCUGAUGAGGCAAGCUCAGAGCACAUGGCGAAUGGAGCUGGUGGGGACGAUUCGUGGAAGUAUUCUGUCGAAAGGCGCUUAAGUGCAUUGGAACACUCCGUAGAGGACAUACAAAGUGACAUUCAGACCAUAGCCGCGGCAGCGUCUGAAAUGCAGAAGAACACUAAGGUUUACCUCCAGGAACUUCGCGAGAAGUUUACGGAGCUGAAGAGCGACGUAGCUUCAGACCUCGAGUCUGCGCUGUCGGGCCCUCUAAAAGCUCUUAGCACGAGAGUAAAUGACAUCACCAGUGUAGGAACUGAUGCGGGGCAAUUUGCAGAGCAAACGAAGAAGCUUUGGGCAGUAGAUCGAAUGGUCCUUCUUGCCGAAAGGAACUGGCACCUGCUAGCUCAAUCCAUGUCAGAGCUUCGCUUCCAGUUAUCGGGACUUGAGCAACGCAUUGCGCAAGGAGCACCUUCAGGAGAUCCCACUGAGCCUCCGACUGACGGCCAAAAGGGGCUUCCAGUAUCGCUGCAUUCGUGCUCCCCUUCAAGUGCUCCUCGAUCGCAAGAUUCAAAACUCAACGAAGCACAGACUUGCAUUCUAGAGGGAGAGGUGAGCGUGGCGGGGAACCAGCGGCAAAGCACAUUUGCAUCGAAGGCUCUGAAGGAACUCAGCCACAUGCAGAUCCACGCGGAAGCAUUUGGCGCUUGUUUACGGCAGCUGGCGAGUGGUACCGCCCCCGAUGGUUUAAAGGGGCUUGAUCCGGUUGAACGCCGAGUUCUUUCUUUUGCGGGGACUCCGAAAGUAUUUGCGGCAUUACACGAAUUGGAGAGAGCUCUAGACACUGUCAAUCUGUGUAGCUCAGGGGUUGCCGGCACGCGGUUAUACUGA